AUGGCGACAUGCAUCGACGAACGAGAUGUGGAGAUGCACAGUGAAUGCGACAGCGAAGCCCCCGAGAAGCAACAAUGGCAGCACGAAGACAUGCUCACCAAAAGUGGGCACUUCGCACAAGUUGCGUGGCGGGUCGUUGUGAACAAGCUUGGCGUGGAUGCUAUUGAGGCUUUGCACAUGGGGAUGAUCAACAAGCUGUACGGGCGGCACUACGAGUAUUUCCCGAUUAGUGUGAAGCCGGCGGACGCGGGACACGCUCCUUCGUGGGUCUAUUUUCUGAACGACAGGGAGAAGAAGGUUCUCAGCACGCUGAACAAAACCUACAAGACGAAGUUCAAGAAGCAGCCGACUGCAGAACAUAACUUGGUUUUUUUCUUGGGUGAUAGUGACAAGCGAACCACAUGGAGCGCGACGUCUGGGCGGGUUCCGACGCUCCGUAUGAACCGGGGCAAGCUCUUUCUGCCGUCGAAACGAAGAUGGCUCUGUGCAGUGGAGAAAUUGGCUACACUCGGUUUCCCCGUGGCCCCUGGGCAAGCCAUGGCUAUGGGGGUGCCGCAGCUGCCGGUCCUGGACAUUCACAGGGCAAGCUUGAUUGCCGGCAACUCUAUGAAUUUUGCUAAUGUGUGCAUUGUUCAGUUGGUAGCGCUCACAUGUUUUGCUCCCCAUGACUGUGUGUCCCUAGCUGACUUUGGCCUGUGGCUGAACGGCCCAGUUUGCUGCUAG